AUGGUACCCGAUGCAGGAUCUGCCGACGCUGUAUUCGCAAGUGCCGUAAUAGCACCUAUUGUAGGUGUGGACCUGGGGAUGGAGAUGCAACGUCUUUAUCUAGAGGUUGAAAAGAGGGAUGCCUUCAAUAAGGAGGUAUCAAUUAUGAGGGCGAAAUUGCAGCGUUGGGCUUCUAAAACGGAAAUUGUAGAUGUUGAGGAGAAAGCUAGGGUAAUCUAUGGGGCCGUUAUUGAUGCCGCUCAAGUUGAGGGCAUGAGUGGGGAAUGGAUUAAUUCUCUUGCGAAGUAUCUAGCGAAGCAAGUGAUAGUGUCUAUUCGAUCGCAAGGUAUCGAGUGGCCCAUUAAUCGCCACGAGGAUUUACAUAAUGCUUUGGAAUUAUUCUUGGUUGGCAAAACUGGUGAGAUGGGAAGUGGUGAUGGCUCUGGUGGUGGUGUUAAGGCCGGUGGUUCUAGGAAUGAUUAUAAAGUUAAAUGGAAUAGUUUGGAUCUCGUGUUGGGAGCUCCAUGGUCUCGACCAACUCCUGAACUACCCUAUGAAAUAUUGAAGCGGAAAGUCUCAGAUGCUGUUGUUAUUUAUCAUUUGCAUGGAGAUGCUGAGCUUUAUUAUAUUCUUCGUAACUUCUCGGGACCUCUCAAAGAUGAGAUUAAUGUUAUGAUUAGAGAGAAGUUGCGAGAGGGGGCAUCAAGCGCUGAGAUUAUAACUGAGAUCUGGAAGUACCUUGAUGAAAGAUAUUUGGGAACCUUCAAUAAAGGUGAGGCCUUAUUACGUUGGGAGCGAUUAGUGCAGAGAGAAGAUGAGCGAGUAGAAGAUUACUUUGUUCGUAUUGAUAAGGAGUCGACGCUUAUAAGCUCGGUAUUUCCCCUCAUGAGAUUCUCUUCGGAUUCAAGUUGA